UUAAAAAAGAUGGUUGUGAUGGAUGAAGAUGAUGGCAAACCUCCCCAAGAGGAGAUAACGUUGAAGCCGAAAAUGACGCUUAUCAAUGGUAUCACUGUGAUUGUGGGUAGUAUUAUAGGAUCCGGUAUUUUUGUAUCUCCUUCCGGUGUUUUGAAGCAUACCGGUAGCGUUAAUGUGGCACUGUUGGUGUGGAUCAUAUCAGGCGUGUUUUCUAUGGUGGGUGCGUAUUGUUAUGCGGAAUUGGGAACGAUGAUACGAAAAAGUGGAGCCGACUACGCCUACAUAAUGGACACUUUCGGACCUUUCGUCGCCUUUAUCCGACUCUGGAUCGAGUGCUUGAUCGUAAGGCCGUGUUCACAGGCGAUCGUAGCUUUAACGUUUAGUCAGUACGUGAUGAAACCGCUUUUUAUCGAGUGCGAUCCACCGGACAACGCUGCCAGACUUUUAGCCGCAUGCUGCAUUUGUGUAUUGACUUUUGUGAAUUGUUAUGAUGUGAAAUGGGCUACGAGAGUACAGGAUGUAUUUACAUACGCCAAACUGCUGGCGUUGUUUAUUAUUAUAGCUGCUGGUGGAUAUCAACUUUUUACAGGGCAUAUGGAACACUUUACCUUUAAAAAUACUAACACAGAAGUAACAUCAUUGGCUCUUUCGUUUUAUUCUGGAUUAUUUGCUUACAAUGGCUGGAACUACCUGAAUUUUAUUAUAGAAGAAUUAAAAGAUCCAGUACGAAAUCUUCCUUUGGCCAUAGCUAUAUCUUGUACACUAGUGACGGUAGUGUACGUACUGACAAACGUUGCAUUCUUUAGCACUCUAUCGCCGAUAGAGAUAUUGGGUUCUAAAGCUGUAGCAGUGACGUUUGCUAUAUUGUUCUAUGCUGGCGCGUGCAACGGACAAAUGCCGGAAAUCCUCACCAUGAUCCAGGAGAAAAGGCUGACCCCCACGCCUUCCGUCCUGGUUAUGCUUAGUAUAGGUGUGUCAGUUCUUUGCCUCCCAUGGCUUCGAUGGAAGCGACCUGACUUGGAUAGACCCAUCAAAGUACACCUCAUCUGGCCCGUCAUCUAUCUCAUAGCUACGGUAUUUGUUACCGUAGUACCAAUAGUGGCCAGCCCUUACGAAACAGGGAUGGGUUUCCUAAUGAUUUUUUCAUCGGUACCGGUCUACUUCGUUUGCAUAUCUUGGAAACCGAAACCAUGGUGGCUGCAGAACUUCUUCGAUAGUAUAACAGUCUCUUUGCAAAAGUUCCUGCUGGUGUUGGGAAAAUCGAAAAAAGCCGACCUGUAAUUGGCUCAAAUUGUUGUGUUUUAUAAAAAAAAUAUGGAUGAAUAUUGUUGUUGUUUGGUGUUUUUUAAUUUUAAAUUAUAGGAGAAUACGCUUAUGCCAUGAAAAACUACAUACCGUAUGAUCUAAUAAAAACUAUGCUAUGUAGACACAGAAAUAACAAUUCAAUUUAAACUUUACCAUUUUAAACGUUAAAUAAAUUGCAAUUGAAUGAUACAUAUACAGUGUGAGUCUUAAAUAAGUGCAAAUAAUUUUAGGGGUGGUAUAUUUUGAGCCUAGGAACACGACUAAAGUACGUUCACAGAUUAUACAGAUUAUAAACUUAUCGUCAAAAGCAUUGUUUUUCGUGGUUCCAAUUUUCGGAGUCGCGCACGUCAAUUUUUUUUAAAUUCUCAAACUUUCUAAAACAUUCUAAAACGUUUAUU